AAAGGGAGGGCGACGCCGCUUAAAAUGAUGCUCAACUCGAUGCUGUUCGGCGAGAUGGCGGCGCGGGCUUUCCCGGCGUCGGCGGGGCCGGCCUCCUCGUCGGGGGUCGGAGGCGAGAUGGACGACGGCGUCGGCGGGGCCCCGCCGGUGACGGCGGCGCUGCGGAACGACCUGGGCUCCAACAUCCACCUCCUGAAGGGGCUCAACGUGCGCUUCCGCUGCUUCCUGGCCAAGGUCCACGAGCUGGAGCGGCGGAACCGGCUGCUGGAGAAGCAGCUGCAGGCGCAGCAGCUGAGCGAGCGCGAGCGGCGCCUCCACUACAAGCGCUUCCCGAGGCACCAAGCCGUGCAGACGGACCCCGUGCCGCCCUCCAUGCCCCCGUACGUGCCGGCGGCGGCGGCGGCGGCCGGGCCUCCUCCUCCUCCUCACCCGCCGCCUCCGUCGUCGGCUUCGUUCUCCUCGUUCCCGCCGGCAUCGGCUCCCGCCUCGCAGCUGCCUCACUCGCACUCGCACCCGCCGUCGCACCACUCCUCCUCCUCCUCCUCCUCGCAGCAGCACUACAGCCGACUGCCCGGCACCAUCUGGAGCUACACGCAGGUGAGGCGGACGGGCGGAGGCGGCCUGGAGACCCUGCAAGGGCCCGGCGUCUCCUGGGUGCACCCGGACGGCGUCGGCGUCCAGAUCGACACCAUCACGCCCGAGAUCCGCGCCCUCUACAACGUCCUGGCCAAAGUCAAGCGGGAGAGGGACGACUACAAGAGGAGAUGGGAGGAGGAACUGGCAAAGCGAAUGAAUCUGGAAUCAAUGGUAGAGACUCUCCAAGAGGAGGCACAAGAAGCCGAAGCCCUCCAAGAAGAGCUAAAUGAGAAGAUUGAGAGACUGAAAGCUGAACUUGUUGUCUUCAAGGGUCUGAUGAGUGAUCCUAUGACAGACCUGGACACAAAGAUCCAAGAAAAAGCCAUGAAGGUGGACAUGGACAUCUGCCGUCGAAUCGAUAUCACAGCCAAACUGUGUGAUGUAGCGCAGCAGCGCAACUCUGAAGACGUUUCCAAGAUAUUCCAGGUGGCUUCCAAGAAGAAAGAGCGGAAACUCGUGUCGGAUGAUGACCUCUCUGAGCAGGAUCCAGACAAUGCCCGAUUUUCGGACGAUGAAGUCAGUUGUUCUCUGAACAUCACGGAUGAAAUGAAGAGGAUGUUUAAUCAGCUGCGUGAAACCUUCGAUUUUGAUGAUGACUGUGACAGUUUGACGUGGGAGGAGAAUGAGGAUACUUUGCUCCUCUGGGAAGACUUCACCAACUGUAACCCAUCAAUUGAGCUCCAGGGAGAGCAAGAGGAGAACUUGGGCAACUUGAUCCAUGAAACAGAAUCUUUCUUCAAAACGAGGGACAAAGAAUACCAAGAAACGAUAGGACAGAUUGAGCUUGAGCUUGCCACGGCCAAGAGUGACAUGAAUCGCCACCUCCACGAGUACAUGGAAAUGUGCAGCAUGAAACGGGGCCUGGAUGUGCAAAUGGAGACUUGCCGGCGGCUCAUUAAAGGCUCUGCUGAAAGCAGAAAUUCCCCGUCUCCCAGUUCGGUAGCCAGCAGCGACUCAGGAAACACGGAUGAAAUUCAGGAUGAGUUUGACAGAGAAGCAGACGUUGAGCCCAUGGUCAGCUGAUAAAUAACCAGAACGUUCUGGCGCAAGGAGAGAAGAAAAAGAAAACCCAGAAAAAGAAGAGAUUUCACAAAUGCAGAGAGAUCAGAGACUUCAAAGCCCCUAGCCUUGGGGGUGCCAAGGACUUGAUCUAGUAUUUUUUCCCACCCCAUCCAAGGAUUUGGUGCUGUAAAAAACAUUUAUACUGUUCUACAAAUGACAGGCGUAGAGUUCUGUAAGAAAAAGUAUGUGUAUAUGGUAUUUUAAUUGUGCCUUUGCCCCAAGCUGAGCCACUUUGAGCUCCACUGGAAUAUCAUAGUGCUUUUUAUAUAAAAAUGAUGAUUCUAAAUAA